GGGGAGGAGAAGAGGAUGAAGGCGGCCAAGCAGCAGGUGACCCCGGCUGGGGAGAGCCCGGCUCCCGCCAGCCCCCUGCAGUCCGCGCUGAGCACGGCGGCCUCUCCUUCCCAGGCCUACGAGAUCUACAUCGACAACGGGCUCAUCUGCCUCAAACACAAGAUCAGGAACAUCGAGAAAAAGAAGCUCAAACUCGAAGAUUACAAAGAUCGUCUGAAGAAGGGGGAAGCCCUCAAUCAAGACCAAUUGGAGGCAGUAGAGAAAUAUGAUGAAGUAGUGCACAACCUGGAAUUUGCCAAGGAGCUUCACAAGACUUUUUCAGGGCUUAGCCAAGAUCUGCUGAAAGCACAGAAGAAGGCUCAGAGGAGAGAGAGCCUAUUGAAGCUGGAAGCAGAGAAGAAGAAGCUGCGUACAAUACUUCAAGUCCAGUAUGUGCUACAGAACUUCACUCAAGAGCAUGUUCAGAAAGAUUUCAAAGGUGGUAUGAAUGGUGCAAUAUACCUGCCUUCUAAAGAACUAGACUACCUCAUAAGAUUUGCAAAACUGACAUGUCCAGAAAGAAAUGAGAACUUGAGUGUUGAAGACCAGAUGGAGCAAUCAUCUCUCUACUUCUGGGACCUUCUAGAAGGAAGUGAGAAACCUGUGGUUGGAACAACAUAUAAACACAUGAAGGACCUGCUGUCCAAGCUUCUAGACUCUGGCUACUUCGAAAGUAUCCCAACUCCUCGCACCACUGUGCCAGUAAAAGAAUUGGAAGAAGUAAAUAGAAAACCUGAGAAAACAAGACAGCUGUCAAAAGGAGAGUCUGCCAAAGAAUCAGAAUCCAUUAUGGAGCUUAUGAAAUCUGAAAUACAGCCACAGGAGUUUCUCAACAGGCGUUAUUUGCCUGAAGCAGAAUACUCUGUCAAGAAGAAGCCAGAAGAGCCCAGAUCUUGGGAAGCUGAGUGUGCUAGAAAACAAGAACCUCCAAAGUCCUGGGAGAUGCUUGUUGAUGUUAAAGAGCAGGAACAGAAGCAGAAACAAGAGACCUUAAAGCCUUGGGAAGCUCGUGUUAGACAGCAAGAACUCAAGAGACCAGAUUCUCCAAAGCCUUGGGAAGCUCGUGGUAAAGAGGAGGAACAGAAGCGUGAGUCCGCAAAGCCCUGGGAGAGCCGUGUGGAGGAGGAACAACAGAAGAAGCCAGAAGCCCCAAAGGCAUGGGUAGCACGUGUCCAAGAGGAGCAGGAGUCUCCCAAACCUUGGGUAGCAAAGGUCAGGGAAGAGCAGGACCAGAAGAAACAGGAAUCACCUAAGCCAUGGGUAACAAAAGUUAGGGAAGAGCAGGAACAGAAAAAGCAGGAGUCCUCAAAACCUUGGGUAACCAAAGUUAAGGAAGAACCAGAAGAAAAGCAGGAAUCUCCAAAACCUUGGGUAACCCAAACUAGGGAGCAACCAGAACAAAAGAAGCCAGACCCUAUGAAAACAUGGGAAGUGCCUGUUAGGGAAGAGCCAGAGCAAAAGAAGCAGGAGCCUGUGAAGGCUUGGGCUGCACAUGUUAGGGAGGAGCCAGAACAAAAGAAGCAGGAGACUCGAGAGGCUUGGGAAAAAGCUGACAGGCAGCAGCAAGUGUCAUCUCCGCAGUUACAGAACCCUCCGAAGGCCUGGGCAGCUGCCAGUAUGGGGCCAAAGGAACAGAUGGGCCCAAAGAAGUUUGAUAUGGAACCCAAAGAAGUGCCUAAACCUGUACAUCAGCCAGCUGCAGAAUUUUGCUCUACUUCAACUCUUCCAAAAGAUCCAGUAUUGAGAAGGGAAAAGCUUCAGGAUCUGAUGACUCAGAUACAAGGGACUUACAACUUCAUGCAAGAGUCCAUUCUGGAUUUUGAUAAAGCUUCACCAAGUGCCAUUGGUUCAUCCCAACCUCCUUCAGUUACUCCAGCAAGUAGUCCUGUAGCUUCAAAAGAGCAGAAACUGCCAAGUCAGAGUGAUUUUCUUCAACAGCCCCUUCAAGCUGCUGCUUCAUCAAUGGUGCUGCAUGGUUCGAACACUUCCCUAGCAUCUGCUGAUCAUGCUCUUUCUGGCUCUGAAGCUGAAGACUUGGUGACACCACAGGCAUCAACAUCACUUUCUCAAGAGAAUGAGAAAUAUACUUCCCAGCCUCUGUAUCAGACAAGUUCACGUAUUUCUGAGCCACUGAUCCCUAAAAAGAUUGAAAUUGCCCAGGCAACUAUUCCCCUCCCAAGUGAGCCACAGUCGCCAUUGCCUACUUCAAGCACCCCCAUGCCAUCAGUGCCACCAGCACAAAGCUUUCAGUCUCCUCCAGCAAGCAGCAGCUCUGUCACAAUAACAGCAGCUCCCUUUCAGGCUAUGCAGACUGUGUUUAAAGUGAAUGCACCACUGCCUCCACGUAAAGACCAGGAAAUUAAAGAGGAUUCUUCAUAUUCAGCGGGAUAUAACCAGAGCUUCUCCACAGCAAGUACACAGACUCCUCCUCAAUGCCAGCUGCAAUCUUCUCAUGUUGCAGAACAAACCUCUCUUUCACAAGAAUCUCUGUCUUCAGCAGUGAACUAUCAACCUGAUGGAGCUGUUCCUGUCAGCAAUGGUAGCCUUGCCUUUUAUCCAGCACAGGCUAAUGUUAUUCCCAGACCCCCUCAGCCUUACCUCAACAGUCGUGGGUCUGUCAGAGGGUCUGCUAGAGGUGGAAGGUCACUGGCUAAUUCCUAUCGCCCCCCUGGUGGGUACAAAGGUUUUGAUGCUUACAGAGGUUCACCUUCGUUAACCAAUGGCAACUAUGGCCAGCUACAGUUUCCUGGUAGAGAUUAUGCUGGAAUGCCAUAUUCUCAGAGGGAUGUCAAUUACCAGCAGUGCUAUAAAAGAGGUGGGAUAAGUAGUGGUCCUCGAGCAAAUUCAAGAGCAGGGUGGAGUGACUCCUCUCAGGUGAGCAGCCCAGAACGAGACAAUGAGACCUUUAACAGUGGGGACUCUGGGCAGGGGGACUCACGCAGCAUCACGCCUGUGGACAUGCCGGUGACCAGCCAGGCCGCCACCAUCCUGCCGGUGCACGUGUACCCGCUGCCGCAGCAGAUGAGGGUCGCCUUCUCCGCCGCCCGAACGUCCAACCUGGCCCCCGGAACUCUGGACCAGCCCAUUGUGUUUGACCUGCUGCUCAAUAACCUUGGAGAAACUUUUGAUAUCCAGCUUGGGAGGUUCAACUGUCCAGUGAAUGGUACCUAUGUCUUCAUCUUCCACAUGCUGAAACUGGCUGUCAAUGUCCCUCUGUACGUGAAUCUCAUGAAGAAUGAGGAGGUCCUUGUGUCGGCCUAUGCCAAUGAUGGGGCUCCUGACCAUGAGACAGCCAGUAACCACGCGGUCCUGCAGCUCUUCCAGGGAGAUCAGAUCUGGCUACGGCUGCAUCGGGGAGCCAUCUAUGGAAGUAGCUGGAAAUACUCCACCUUUUCGGGAUACCUCCUUUAUCAGGACUAAAAUCCAGUGCAAUGUUUACAAAAGAGCUGCUCCAAACACCUUGGUGAGGGGGGUGGGACUAGCUUUGCACUUAUUACUGACUUUAUAGAGGAUAUGUGGUUCCAUUAUUGGUGGGAAAUGGUGGUCCUGUUUUGCAAGGUGAAAUCAUGGAGUUGGGGUACUGAAUCAGCACUAAUUUGGCACUUUAUCAGUUGUGAUGUAGCUUUGCUAAUAAAGCUGUGAAUGUAUAUUGUUUGCACUUACCCUAAACUGUAUUAAUGUCCAGCUUACUACACUAUUGAUUGCCUCAAGUAUGGGCUAUUCACAAUGCCUUGUUGUGCCUCAAUAAAACAAGUUAAUAUGCAUUUUA